GAGGGCGAGGAAAGAAAGGUGCCCCCAUCAUCACUUUCCCAGAGUACUCAGGCUUCAGUGAAGUACCAGAGGAAGAUUUCCUUAAUGUAGUAACCUACCUGACCAGCAUCCCCAGCUUGGAUGCUGCCAGUAUUGGCUUCAUCAUCAUCAUCGAUCGGCGGAAGGACAAAUGGAUCUCAGUGAAGGCCUCUCUGUCCCGGAUUGCUGGUGCCUUUCCAGGAAACCUGCAGCUGGUGUUGGUGCUGAGGCCUUCCAGAUUCUUUCAGAGGACAAUCGCUGAUAUUGGAAUAAAGCUGCACAGGGAUGACUUCAAAAUGAAGGUUGUUAUGCUGAACUCUCUGUCAGAUCUUCAUGAGUAUGUGGAUAAAAGCCAGCUGACCCAUGAAUUUGGAGGUAGUCUCGAGUACUCUCACAGCCAGUGGAUACACCACCGAACUGCUAUAGAAAACUUUGCCUUGACGGUGAAAACUACAGCACAGAUGCUUCAGAGGUUUGGGACGGAGCUGGCAGAGACAGAGCUUCCCAACGAUGUCCAGGGCACCAAAGACCUGUUCACAGCGCACACUGACAAACACAAUAACCUCAAGGAAGAGCUGAAGCUAGCUUUAAGACAAGGCAGCACCUUGUUUACCUGCAUCAAGGAUCAGGCAGCCAAGUCGGAGGAUCACAAACUAAACCCUGAUGAGAUGGAGAACCAAACCACUGUGGAAAGGCUCCUCGCCCAGCUCGAUGAGACAGAGAAUGCUUUCGAACAGUUCUGGUGUAAGCAUCACCUAAAACUGGAGCAGUGCCUGCAGCUACGCCACUUUGAACAGGAUUUCAGGGAGGUUAAAAUAUCUCUGGACACUCUGAUGGACUCUCUGAAAAGCUUAUCUGACACUGGAGAUUGUGUGGCCAGAGUGGAACAUCUAUUGAAAGAGCUCAAAGCUCUGGAGAAAAAAGCUCAGCCCUCAGUGGAAAAGGCCCAGCUCCAUGCCAUGCAUGGUGACCAGCUUAUUCAAAGCAACCACUACGCCGUGGACUCCAUCCGCCCGAAAUGUGUGGAGCUCCGGCGGGUCUGUGAUGACUUCAGCAAUGAGGCCAAGAAGAAGUCAGAUGUCUUGUCUAAAUCUUUGCACAUACACAUGGGCAUUGAGAAGGUUAACCAGUGGUGUGAGUCUGGAAUCUACCUGCUGGCUUCUCAAGCUGUGGAUAAGUGUCAGUCGCAGGAAGGGGCAGAAUCAGCUUUAACAGAUAUUGAAGAUUUUCUGGAGUCGGCAGAAAAGAACCACGUGACAGAACUGAGGAACCUCCACAACCAGUAUGAGGUCGUCCUGUCUGAGGACAUAAAGGGCAGUGUCCUGAAGGCACUCAAGCGACUGGAGGAUGUUCAAGAGAUGUUUGAGAAGAGACAAGUAAGCCUGAAGAGGCUGUCAGCAAAACAGACGAGGCCAAUUCAGCCAGUUGCCCCACGGCCUGAGUCGUCUCCCAAGCCUCCAACACAAAAGCACCCCACCAGGACAUCUGGGGUCCAGCAGCCAUUGGCUCGAAAGCUCUCUGAUAACUCUAACAGUGGCAAGCAGCUGGCUGAACCUGAUCCAAACAAGAAGAAGAACAUACGCAAGACCAAGGGUGGCAUAAAGAUUGAGGUGAUGCAUGAGGAGAGCCAAGGAGGCUCCACCCACGUUGCUGUUUCAAAUGAGAGUGAGGAGAGUCUGUCCAAUAGACGGAGACACAUUAUGACUGAGCUGAUUGAAUCAGAACGGAUUUAUGUGGAGGAAUUACAAAGCAUCAUGGAGGGUUACAUAGCUGAGCUGAAUAACUCGGAGCUCAGCCACCUGAUCCCCCCAUCCUUGGAGAACAAAAAGGAUGUGCUCUUUGGCAAUCUGCCAGAAAUAUUUGAUUUUCACAACAAGACAUUCCUCAUGGAGCUGGAGAAUUGUGCUGAGAAUCCAGAGCUGGUCGGAACGUGUUUUCUGAAGAGGAAAGAAGAACUUCAGGUGUAUGAGAAGUACUGUCAGAAUAAACCCCGCUCUGAGGUUGUGUGGCGGCAAUGUGGAGACAGCCUCUUCUUCCAGGAGUGCCAGAAGAAACUUGACCACAAGCUGUCCCUGGACGCCUACCUACUGAAGCCUGUUCAGAGGAUCACCAAAUACCAACUAUUGCUUAAGGAGAUGUUAAAAUGCAGCAAGGGUGAGGGGUUGGCUGAGCUGGCGGAAGCUUUAGCUACCAUGCUGGACAUCAUCAAGUCUGUCAAUGACUCCAUGCACCAGAUAGCCAUCACUGGGUUUCAGGGAAACCUUAGUGAACUGGGGAAGCUACUAAUGCAGGGAUCCUUUAAUGUCUGGACUGAUCAUAAGAAAGGCCACAGCAAGGUGAAGGACCUGGCCAGGUUUAAGCCCAUGCAGAGGCACCUCUUUUUGUAUGAUAAAAUGCUGCUGUUCUGUAAGAAACGGGAGGAGACGGCGGAGGGACACGACAAGACUCCAUCCUACAGCUUUAAGCACUCACUAAAGAUGAGUUCGGUGGGGAUCACCGAAAACGUUAAAGGUGACAAUAAAAAGUUUGAGGUGUGGUACAAUGGCAGAGAGGAAGUGUACAUAAUCCAGGCUCCCUCCAUGGAUGUGAAGAGUAUGUGGGUGUCAGAGAUCCGCAAAGUUCUCACAGGCCAGCUAGAAGCAUGCAGAGAGGCCAGCCAGAACAAUAACUAUGGAGUCCCCAUGAGGAAUGUCCGUAAGAUGGCACUGAGACAGUCUGAUUCAUCAAGUCCCGAGUCAGGAUUCAGGAGAGCAAACCCCAGUCCAAACAUCAGGCAGAAAAAAGUUGAUGCUUCAGCCCAUUCAGGCCACUCAGCUCUUAAUGCUCGGAAGCAUUUCACCUUGCAGGGACUUUCCAAUAGAAGGUCUCUUCCAGCAGAACCCACUGCAAAAGAGGCAGAGCUCCCUCGCCGCUUCUCUCUCACUUCCUCUCUUGCCUCCUCUUCCUCCGCCAUGCGACGCAACAAAGGUCCCCUCUCUGCUAGCAUUAAGAGCAAGAGACAUGAGAUAAAGAGCGAUCCCACUCCUUUUGGUUACGAAGAUACGCUACGUGGCGCGAUGGCUGCAGUUGGGAAGCGGCAGAGCAUGACCAGCAACAUUGCUGAGGGUGCUGUUAGCACAGCAGCUGUCCCCAGAUCAACGUCCCAGCCAGGCUGGACCCAGAGACGUCUCCUCUCCAUGGACACAGAGGACUUUGAGACGAUUCCCUCCAGUGGAGAGGAAUCCUCGAACUCUUCUGAAGACGAAGGCAACAAUAAAAAUGGUGACAGCAGCCGUUACCGAGUUCAGCUGACAUACACGUCAUGUGAAGCGAAAGAUCUUUCUCUGGGAAACACUGACAUGGUCCAGUUUCUGGAGGAAGCGGAGAAUGGAAACUGAUAUCUACAGUGAUUUGUGUGCAGCAGCACUCUCCGACUCUGAAGAAAAUGACGCCAGUAGUUGGGAAGAUGUCUCUCAGGACUGCAAAUAAAUAUCAGUGGUCUUUUGAAAUUCAGUUGACUUUGCUCUCAGACGUUGAUCAGGUCAAUAACUGCAGUCUUUAAUAUGUAAUUUACAAAGUUUUUAACUACUUGUAGUUAUUUUUGAUCGACUACAGAUAUGCCUUGCAAUUGUCAUAUAGUUGUCAUUUUUGUGUGUUUUAUUCACUGAUCUUUGUCAGUGAGACUCCCGGGAGAAGAAGCUGGAACUUUACUGAGCACGACAGUCAGAAAGCCAUGUCCUAUAACUUUAAAAUCCUUUUACGCCCAUCUAGCAGAGCAACUGUAUACAGUAAACACAGCCCAUAGUUUCAGAUAUGUGGACAGUCUCUUCAGAAACUAUUUAGACCCCUUCACAUAUUGCAAUCAUUUGUAUUAUUAUUUUAUAUAAAAUAAAAAGUACUCUUGGUAAAAUCUAUUACAUAUUUAAAAACAUGUAACUUACUACAUUUGUUUACAUAGUUAAAUUUUCAAGAAGCUCCUUUCUUAGGGUCUUUAAUUAGUUCUAUUCAAAGUGAGGAUAUAAGUUUUCUGUAGGCAGAGAGCCCCUUCAGCGCCACGUUACUAAAACAUGUCUUCUGCUAACAAGUUGCGUUUUCUCUGUUGGAUUCUAAACUUCACCGAACUGUAGAGUGCUGGGUGCUGAGGCCACAAUCGUGCAGUGUAAAGGAAUGUGAAGAUUUUUUAAAACGAAUUUUUUUUUUUUAUUUUCCUUACCAACAAACCAAACAUGUAUAAUACUUUAAUGUUAGGUAAAAAGGUGUUUUUUUGUUUUUGUAGAAAAUAGAUCUUUAAAUCAGUUUAGAUCUGAUCUGAAGCAACAAAACUGUCUACCCUACAUGCCUUUAAAAGAAAAGCCUAAUCUUUCCUAAAUUUUUUGGGUUGAUUGUGGGUUUUUUUUGUUUUGUUUUUUUUGGCCAAGUAGAUUUUUUUUUAAGCUACUCUAUGCAACAAAAAUGGAAUACAGCAACUUGCUAACUUGCUGUAUUUAGCCCUGGUUAAUGAAUGGGUGCUAACGUGACUGCUUUUGAAAUAAAUUAAUGGAAUUAAAUGUAAUAAAAAUUCAAAUACAAAAAAUUGUUUUUUAAAGCUGACAUGUGCUUUUAAAUCCUUUUUUUCCCUCAAAUCAUUCAAUUUUGGUCUAUAUAAAGUGAAACUGCAAUGCUUUGGUUUAAAAGGUGGAUUUAGCAUGAUAUGCCCCCCAUUAAAAGACCAAACAUUUUCAUUGUACCUAGCAAUUGUCAUUUAAUAAGGAUUUGAACUUGCUUUAUCUUGUUUAAAACCCGUCAUGAGUAAAUAUCAGCAGUAUGAACUUAAAAAACAUCUCUAUCUGCAUCCACCAGCUGGGGAUUUUUAUUUUUAUUGUCAUAUUUUGAUGUUUCGGAGAUGUUAAGUGAAGAUUAUUGAUGCUAUUUUAAGUAUGAAAUCAGUGAAAAGGUCAGAAUAUUUCCUGAGGAGACUGUUCUAGCUCAACCUGCUCUUUGUCAAAUCUGAAGGAAUCUGUAUAAUAACUGCAAAAUUAUCUAAAUUGUUGCUACAGCUCUUAGAUGGACCUGAAUAUGUUUGUUACAAGGCUUUACAUAAAUGAAAAUAUUGAAAAACAUAUUGGUGACUCAAAAAUAUAACUAACAUAUUUCUGCCACUCAGGGGAGUAAUGCUAAUUUUUGCACACAGUUAGUUUUGUUGGAUUCAUGUUUGAGGUGAACAGAAGAAAUCUGCUUGCUGUGUUUCACUUGAUUUAGAAGAAAGUAGCUAGUUAUAUUUUUCAAAUUCUAACAUUGUCUAUCUGCAUAUUGAUAGGGCAGCUUAAGUGUCAUGGAGAGAUGCUUUGCUCCAUCCAGGAUUAGAUGACACCAAAAGCACAGGAUGCAGAGUCACAUGCACAUGCAACCAUGUUUAAAUUGCUAUAAUAUGCUUUUUCAUAUAAAAUUAACUGAUUGGUGAAAGACAUUUCCUCUGUCAUGGGUUCUUGCAUCUGGGAAAAUCUAAUUCAAAGCAAAUUCCUUUAGCAGCUAAUGAUAGUUAAAUCACUUCCUAGAAGAAAAAUUAAUCAAAUGCAAUGUCUUUUCCAUUUUAUUCUUUGUACAUCAUCAUGGAAAGUAGGGGGAACAAGCCAGAUGGCUUUUGAAGGAAAUGAUGGUUUCUGUUUUGAGAAACCGAUUCGUCUCCACAGCAUGUUAUGCUUCAUGUCCCAGAGAAAAACUCACACUCAUUUCUACAUAAUGAGAUUCUGUUAAGAACAUUUCACACUUUGAUUUGUUGUUUUUAAGCCGCUCGUACAGACAGGACAUUUUAAGAUAUUGUUUCUAUUUCUUAAUGGGUUGCACAAUAACACAAUAAUAAGUGCUAGCUAAGUGGUCAUAGCCCAACUAUGGGCUAUAUAAACAGUUUUACAGUUUCUCAUGUUCAAUAACUGGUUUUUAUAAAUUUCUGCAGGUAUAGUACAUUUUGCAGUGAGGGUCAACCAGAAAUUACAUUGGCAGGUGAAAGAUUUGCGUGUAAAGUGCUCACUACGGACUUACAGUUUAAAUUUACAUCACAGUAUUAGGUUUUUAAAUUGGUAAAAAUGAAAACUAAAGAUUUUACUGCAUUUGUGAAAGCUGCCGCAAUCUGAGUAGCUGAGAACUAUGAUCCAAACUGUAGUUGACUAACAAAAGUUCAGACUAACAAGCAACUUUCUGCUGACAUUUAUGGGGAAUUAUUCAUCAGCAAACAGUGUAUACUGGUGAAGAAACAAUUUGCUUUAUGUAUAUAAAUAUUUGUUUUUGACUGAUAUCAAAACUUUGACAAAUCUUCUGUUUUUCAUUGUUUACUACUGUAUCUUUAUACAUUUGUUCCCCUCUGUAGACAUUUCUGGCAGGACACAUGCCUUUGAACAUUUGUAUUUUGAUAUCACUUUAAGAGCAUUUAAAGAAAGCUGCCAUGUUUUAUUAUCAGGAGAAUAAUAGCUUGUUUAAUUUACUCUGAGUACAUUCUGUAAUGUGUUGGAAAUGGGAAGAAUACGUCAGAAGUUAACACAGGUUUUUACACAAUAAGUGAACACACGCAAGAGGGAAAGCAAUUAUGAUGUUACAGUCUAACAAAGUUACAGUGAAUGUCUUGGAUCACAGAGAUGGAUAAAUGGAUGGAUAUAGGGAAAAUACUGUAUAUCAAUCAAUGAUAAAUUGUUGAUAAAAAUUGAUCGAUGAUAUACAUUCAGAGUGACAUUUAAGCACUAUCUUUAAGUUAAGGCAAAUUUCUGAAGAAUUUCAUGUGCAUUGAUCCAUACAUUGUAAAACAUUAAUUCCUCUCAAACAUGCUGAACUUUUUAGUUGAAUGGAAAAUGCUGUAUGUUUAUUAUGAAUAUGAUUCUGUUAUACUGCAUCAAGCAGCAAUGUUAUAAUCUUUUAAAAUCUACAAUGUAUCAUGUCUGUAUACUGUAUCUGGUAUUAUAUUGAACAUAUUGCUCACUAUGAUAAAAUGCCUUUACUACAUGA